AUGAUUGAGAGUCCUCUCAGUCAUUAUACAUCCUCCUCGCUCCCUGACCAUCCUCUCUCUGCUUCUAAUCCGUCCUCAUCAAUACCAACUAUACUCAAUAACACUAUACCUACUACUCCUCCUCCUCCUACAGCUUUGGCUCCAGUCAUUAAUAGCGCUUCUCAACUCACUCCACUCACCAUUGGCCUCUGGAACGCUCGCGGUCUCAGAGAUACCACCAUUGAUGAUGUUCUCCGUUAUUGCCAAUCCUUCUCUGUGCUGUUCAUUACCGAAACAUGGCUGAACCGCCAUCCCAUCCGACUACCCACCAAUUGGCAGCAAAUUCCACUUACCUGGCCAUUCCAGACGCCUUUGCCCUCUGCUCUUCAAGAGUUUGCUUUGGGUAUUCAACUUGGUCGUGAACUUCGGCUCAUUUGUCUGUAUAUACCACCUGAGCAAGCGGAUCUCUAUACUGAAAAUGUCUCUUCCAUCCUGAAUGCGAUCCCGUUGGAUCAUGACACAAUCAUCUGUGGCGAUCUGAAUGCCCGCAUGGCCCACUCUACACCUACCUUUGAGGACCGUCGUAGUGGGCGGAAUGUAAGUAGCAUUGUCGAUUACUACAUCUCAAAUGUAGAAUCACUUUCCUUUGCCUCUCUGGAUACCUCAUCUCCACCUUCUUCCUCCUCAAUUAGUAUUUACUCUGACUUGUCUUUGGGAUCUGAUCAUAAACUGAUGUCUCUGACGUUUGAUUACCACUCAAACGAACCUGCUCUUGCUAUGCCUGCUACGCCAUCACCAUCACCUCGUCUCCUAUGGAAGCUCUCACGUCUACAAGAAACGGAUGUACGCAAUUUGUAUGCACAACGCUUUACAGCCCUCUCUCAACCGUUGCUACAACAGCUGAUCUCGCUUGUGCGCUCACCACCUGAUACACAACCUCCAAUCGAUACCCUCAACAGUGAUCUCACCAAUUGUAUAUAUCAGGCACUGGAUGAAUCCGUUACUCGGCAAUCCCAGCGACCCAACUUUUGGAAGAAAUUCUGGACCCUCGAUCUUCAACGGCUCUGUGAUCAUCGUGAAGCUCUCUAUCGUAAAUAUCGUCGUUGUCCCGCUUCAUUGGACAAGGCAUAUUGGUGGAAUCAACAUGUGGAAGCACAUCAAAAGUUCAAACAGGCCCUUCGUAGAGCUAAACAGGUUUCGUGGCACGCAUUCUGUGAAUCUUUAUUCAAGCAAGACUUUUCAAAGGCCAUGUCAAAAAUCAAGUUGAUCAAAUCCAGACGACAAAGACAAUCAGGGUAUCUACAUGUGGACGGUGCUCAAGCUGGUGCUAAUGCUAUGCGUGAUCACCUUGCUACCAUUUAUGCUGGAUCCAAUCUCCCAACAAAUCGACCUCCAUGCCCUUUUGCUACACAUGGUAGACAUCUGCCAUAUGGUGUUCCUCCUCCUCAGUCAGCCUCCCAUCUUGGUGGUACUCGUCUGGCAAAUGGUGACAUCAGUACAUUGAAUCCGCAUGCUUCUCCUUUCAUCCCAUCAUACCUCUCACAUAGAACUCUACCACAUGAUGACUCUGACCCAACACGUCGUGUUGUCUCAGCAUCGGUCCACAACGAAGCUUUUGACGAGAUUAUUAGUAUUGACCAUAUCAUUCAGCAGAUCAAGUCGUUGCCAUACCGUAAAGCACCUGGCCGUGAUUCAAUUCGUGGUGAAAUGCUGAAACCCAUUCAGAAACCACUUGCCACUGUUCUGUCAUACCUCUUUGCUCUGACCUAUCAAUGGUCUUACACACCAGCGGAUUGGCGUCAUGGUAAUGUUUGUAGCAUCUACAAGAAGGGACCUGUCACGGAGGCAUCAAGCUUUCGGCCCAUCUCAUUGACUAGUACACUGAGAAAACUCUUUGAAAUGUGCCUUGCUCCCCUUGUCCUCACCAUUUCACCACCAUUAGACGUAGCCCAGAAUGGUUUCCGAUCCGCAAGAAGUGCACUUGAUAGUGCUCUUAGUCUCCAAGACUUAAUGAAAGACUACCAGAACCAACACUACCACUGGCCAACUGUGUGCUUCCUUGAUAUAAGAGUGCCUAUGAUGUUGUUGAUCGCCGUGUGA